AUGCAUUUUGAGUCUAAACUGACAGAGAAUAUUCAGGCUUGGGGAGGAAUGCAAGUUGCUUUGUGGAUUGUUGCAGCAACUUGUCAACAAGGAUGUACUGAACAACCCCAUGGAGCUUCUUGCAGUGUUGUUUUUAUUGUUGGAUACCUCACAAUGUACUUGUUAUACACUGCAUUUGCAGCAGGAGUAACAUCUCUUUUAGCAAUUCAAGGCAAAGAUAUUCAUGUACAACUUACAGAUGUAAAUCGAAUGAAAGCUGAUUUUGCGGUUUAUUGGGAUGGUCUAAUACCAGAAAUGUUUCAAGUAUGAGUUGCGAUCUAUAUGAUAAUCACAGCAAUCUGAGCAUUCAUUGACAAAGGAGUA